AUGGACGAGCCUGUGAAUGAGGUGAACGAGCCCAACUGUCCUGAACGAGCUGCUGGUUUAGAACAUGGGAUGUGCAACAGUCGCUCGUCCUGUCGUCUGUCUCUGCUCACUGUGUCCAACCGAUGUGAGAGCGAAGAGACCCACCCACGACUGGAGUACCACUGUGUCACAGAGCGAAAGGUGACGCUGCUCGGGUGCUUCUCCGCCGGGCGCUCUUUCUCCCCUCAGACCUGCAGCGCCCUCUAUGGACAGCCCGUGCAAGUACAUGUCCAAACAGCUGUGGAUGUGGAUCUCUGGGUCACUCUGGACACAGAUAGCAGCCUGAGUGCUAACCACUCUGCUAAUCUCACUGUACAUGGGACCUGGCUGAGGGCUAACCACUCUGCUAACCUGACCCUGCCUGAGGAGGCGCUCCAGAGGCUGGGUCCAGGCUGUCACUCCCUGAGGGUCCACGCUCUGAACAGGGAGACCAGAGAAGAAGAAUCCCCUGAGAUCCAGGUGUGUGUGCUGCAGCCUCUGGCCCAGCUCCAGGCCUCAGUCCUGGGCUCACAGCUGCAGGACUCCCCCCUCUCUCUGAAUAUCUCCGUGGACCGAGGAAAUCCGGCUCAGAUCUGGGUCUACAUCCAGACUCUGAACCAGUCUCACCUCGAGACCCGAGUACUGACCAGGACUAACCAGGUCUACAGCUUUGGAGUCCUCACACAAGACGUGCAGGUCCUGAGGGUCACGGCGCUCAACACUUUUUCCACCUCAGAGACACAGCUCCAACUCUGCCUCAACUCCUCCUCCUCCUUGCACCUCCUCUGCACAAAUAGUACUGCUCUGGUGCGGGUGGUCAGGGCAAACGUGGAGAUCAACGCCUCCCCCUCGGCUGUAGUACCUCAGAGGAGCCAGGAGGUGACGCUGUCUGUGAGCGGAGGAGUGCAACUAGAAAACAGCAACAAGAGACACGAGUGGUCCUGUGGACCUCCUUGUCGGUGUCAGAACACGUCUGAGGGAGGCUCCUUUGUCGUCUCCUCGGGGUGUCUUCCGGAGCCGCUGCAGUUUUAUAAAUACUGGUUUAAAGUUUACACCGUCAGCAACAACGAAGAGAACAGCCGCACGAGCAUCUGCGUCGGACUGAACGCCACGGAGAGCGACACGCUCAGGUACGGACCAAUCACAGAGCAGCACGCUCAGGUACGGACCAAUCACAGAGCAGCACGCUCAGGUACGGACCAAUCACAGAGCAGCACGCUCAGGUACGGACCAAUCACAGAGCAGCACGCUCAGGUACGGACCAAUCACAGAGCAGCACGCUCAGGUACGGACCAAUCACAGAGCAGCACGCUCAGGUACGGACCAAUCACAGAGCAGCACACUCAGGAGGAGACACGCAGUUGUUUCCUGGAGGCGGGCUCUCGACCUUUGACCCUCUGGCAGACCUCAGGCUCCUCCUUCACUGUGCCACAGUCCAGGGUCACAGACGCCUGGAGGGAGGGGCAGGACCUGAGGGUGGUGCUGACGACAGAGGAGCCAGUGUCUCAGUUCGCCUCCUUCAGGCUCCAGAGCCCCACGCCCACUCCUCCCUCGUCUGCCCCAGAGACGAGCUCCUCUCCGGGGCUGCUCUGCUCCGUCUCUCCCUCCUCUGGAACCAUCGUCCAGGUCUUCAACAUCAGCUGCAGCAGCCCCUCCCCCUGUGCCCCCUGCAAGUACUGCUACAGGGCCACGUCAGGCAGAAUGCUCCGCUGUGGAGGAGGUGCUGUCUCCUCUUUGUUCUUGCCGUUGGGGGAUCCGGGUCUGAACUGGAGCGUGACGGUGAACGUGACGGCGAAAAGCGGCGCCUACAGGGUCUCCACCACCACCACCACCCAGGUGCUGGAGGUUCCCUGGGGCCACUCUUCUCUCAGGGAAGUCCAGGCCUCGGUCCAGGACUCCAUAGACCUGCUCCGGUCUGAGUCUGAGCUGAGUCCUGAGGUUCUGGGGACUCUGCUGCGCUCGGUGGGAGAGAUGCUCAACCACCAGAAGCACCAAGAGUCUGUGGAGGACAGGAGGAAGUUCCGGGAGGCUCUUCUGGACCUCCUGAUGAAGUCCUCGUUUGUCUAUGAAACCCCAGAGGAGAUCCAGGUCCUGGUCUCAGGCCUGAACUCAGUGACCCAGAACUCCGAACUCAGCACUACUGCACAGGAGAAGGCGGCGUCUCUUCUCUCAGACCUGAGUUCCAGAUUGGUCCAGAUCCCGAUCGGCCCAGAGUCCAGACCAGGACUCGUGUCUGCAGCAGAAAGUAUCGUCCAGGGAGCUAGUACUCUACUGCAGUACUCCUCUCAGGUGAAUGUGUCGAGGGCCCUGCUGAGGGCCCUAGAGCACACUCAGAGCGCUCUGGCAAAAGGAGAGGACUUCCCCUCAGUCGUCCACCAGGGAGACAUCGCACUCAUGGUACACAAAGUUCCUCCAGACCAGGUCCAGAUCCAGGGCCAGAUCCCAAACUGCUCCUGUCCCUGGUUUGACCUUCAGUCUCUGCCUCAGGAGCUGUUUGAGGAGGAGGAGUCUGUGGAGCUCAGGAUGUUGGCGCUGCAGAGGAAUCCUUUUGAGUGGAACCCCAGAGCAAACGUGUCUGCACCAAUCGUAUCGCUCACUCUGCAGCGGGAAAACCACACGGUCAUCCCCGUGCACGGCCUCAAGAAGAACAUCCAGAUCUUUCUCCCAAACCCUGUGUCUCACCUGAUCAACUCCAGCGUCCUGCACCUGAGCAACUACAGCACCACCAUCCUCCACCUGCCGCCAGAGCCCAGCACGCUGGUGCUCAAGAUGAUCCCGUCUGUAGAUCCUCUGCCGUUCAAAGCCUACCUCGGGGAGGAACACCCCACAGAGAGCACCUACAUCGCUAGAAUACAACUGCCUCAAGAGGGAGAGACCCUGGGGGAGCGGUACACGUGGAUGCUUGACCCCUCUGACCUGGGCGGGCGCUCGGGGCAGCUCUUCCUGUUGGUGCGCCCCCUGGUGGGUCCUGGGGUGAAGUCCAUAAACGCGUCUCUGAGCAUCACAGUCAUCUCCACACGCUGUAACUUCUGGAACCAGAGUCUGCAGGAGUGGAGCACGGCCGGCUGCAAGGUGGGCGCGGGCACCACGGCGGCUCUGACCCAGUGCCUGUGUGAUCACUUGACGUUCUUCGGAGGCUCGUUCUUUGUGGUUCCAAACGUCGUCGACCCGUCGCAGUCGGCUCAGCUCUUCGGAACCUUCACGCAGAACCCGGUCGUGGUCUGUCUGGUGCUGGUGCUGUUCCUCCUCUACCUCCUGCUCCUCAUCUGGGCCCACCGCAAGGACCGACAAGACACACGCAAGGUCAAAGUGACAGUUUUGGCUGAUAACGACCCCUGUGAUAAAUAUCAGUAUUUACUGACUGUGAGCAGUGGACACCGGAGAGGAGCCGCCACCUCUGCACAGGUCACCGUGGUGCUGGUGGGGUCCAUCACCUCCAGCGCUCCUCAUCACCUCACAGACUCUCAGAAGCCCGUGUUCCAGCGAGGAGCAGUGGACAUGUUCCUCCUCAAGGCCCCGGGGAGCCUGGGAGACAUCCAAGCUGUGAGACUGUGGCACAACAACGAAGGAGAACAUCCAAACUGGUUUGUGAGUUCGGUCGUGGUCCAGGAUCUUCAGACGGGGCAGAAGUUCCAUGUUCUGUGUAACUCCUGGAUCGGACUCGACAUCGGUGACGGAACUUUAGACCAACUGUUCCCCGUGACAACGAGCGAGGAGCUGAGGAGGUUCAGUAACCUGUUCUUCAUGAAGACCACGAGGGACCUGAGUGAUGGUCACCUGUGGCUCUCGGUGGUGACCAGACCUCCGAGCUCCUCGUUCUCCAGGGUCCAGAGGCUCUCGUGCUGCUUCAGUCUCCUCCUCUGCACCAUGCUCACCUCCAUCAUGUUCUACGGCAUCCCCACUGACCCCGCUGACCAAGUCAUGGACCUGGGUCAGUUCGAGUUCACGUGGCAACAGUUCAAAGUCGGGAUCCAGUCGUCUUUGAUCAUGUUCCCCGUCAACAUCCUCAUCGUCAGCCUGUUCAGGUUCUCCAGACUGAGAACCGGAACCAGGACCGGACCCUGCUCCUGCUGUAGACCGUGUCAAGACCAGAACUCUCCCCAGACAAUCACCAAGAAAGUGACUAAACUGGUCCAGUCUCUCUCAAAGUCCACGGAAAAGUCCAAGUCCAGGAUCAUAACCAGACUAAAGAAGGACCUGGGUUCAGUUCUCUCUGAGCUGGAGGAGUAUAUGUCCCUGCGAGACCUGAGGACCACGGCUCACGAGGACUCUGAGAGUAAAGAUGUUGACAGGAGGAGGUCUGAGGAGGAGCUGUACUCUGAGCUGUGUCAUCUGGAGAAACAUCUCAGCUCCAUGGACCCAGAAGAGGACCUGCUGCGACCUACCAGGACCAGACUCACCUGGAGCAGACUGCUCCGAGCCAGAGGACAGCACCUCCUCAGCUUCAGCCAGAGUCUGCAGAAGGUCCAAGUCCUGAAGGAGAGACUGAGAGACACUGAGGAGGACUACAGUCUCCCCCGGGCCCCCCCGCGCCGCGCUCUUCCUUGGUGGUGUGUGUACGUGGCCUGGCUGCUCGUGGCUGCCUCCUCUGGUGUGUCGGGGUACUUCACCAUGCUCUACGGCCUCAAGUUUGGGAAGGAGAAGUCCAUCAGCUGGGUGGUGUCCAUGGGCGUUUCCUUCUUUCAGAGUCUGCUGCUGAUACAGCCAUUAAAGGUGGUGGGUAUGGCUGUGUUCUUCGCUCUGGUGGUGAAGAAGGUGGAGGAGGAGGAGCUGGAGAACGUUCAGAUCUACAAAGACUCAAACUUGAGAGUGACAGACAGAGACCUGAGCCUGUACCAGCCUCCUCCUCCAGUCAACAUCGAGAGGAUGAGGAGGAACAGGGAGAAGGAGGUGAAGGCCUACGCUCUGCUCACCGAGAUCCUGGUAUACCUGGGCUUCAUGUGGAUGCUGCUGCUCGUGGUGUACGCACAGAGAGAUCCAAACACGUUCUACUUAAACCAGCACCUCCUGACGUCCUUUAGACCCACCCAGGACCAGAGUCUGAGUCUAGACCAGGUCCAUACCUGGGCACAGACCACCCUGCUGCCCAAACUCUACGGACCCUACCCAGGGUUCAUCACAGAUGGAAACUCGCUCCUGGUGGGCGUGGCUCGGCUCCGUCAGCUGCGUGUACGUGGCUCCUCCCCCUCCUGCGAGGCUCCUCCCUCUAGGCACCUGCACAGAGGCUGUCCCCCGGUGUACUCCUGGGCCACGGAGGACACGGGCUCCUACGGGCCCCGAUGGACCCCCCCGAGCUCCCCGGGCAACAGCACCCACCCCGGCAACCACACCCACCCCACCCCCUGGAGGUACCAGACCCAGGGGGCGCUGCGGGGCGCUCCGUUCUGGGGCCGAAACCUCCUGUACAGAGGAGGAGGCUACGUGUCCGAGCUCGGGCCGGACCUGCACGGCGCCUCCAGUACUCUGCAGUACUUGUACUCGUCCCGCUGGCUGGACUCAUACACCAGAGCAGUAUUUGUGGAGUUCACUGUUUACAACGCCAACGUGAACCUGUUCUGUUUGGUGACUCUGCUGCUGGAGGCGGCCGACGCUGUGGGAGCGUUCGAGUUCCGCUGGGAGCUGCGGCCCGUGCGGCUUUAUCCGUCCACCGGGGGGCUCCACCUGUUUGUGAUGGCAGCAGAGGUCCUCUACAUGCUGUUUGUGCUCUACUACAUGUACAAACAGAUACAGAGGUUGAGGGUUCAAUGCUGGGCUUACCUCCGGGACUGCUGGAACAUUCUGGAGCUCAGCAUCAUCGCCCUCUCCUGGACCGGAGCGGGACUGUACAUCCAGAGGACAGUGUUAGGGCAGAGGGACAUCGAGUACUACCAACAGCACAAGGACAAGUUCCCCAGUUUCUGCUCCUCGGCCUCCUCAGAUGUUCUCCUUCAGUAUGUGUUGGCCUUCAUAGUUCUUUUGUCCACGGUGAAGCUCUGGCACCUCCUCAGACUGAACCCAAACAUGGAGCUGAUCUCCUCCACUCUGAGUCGCGCCUCUGGGGACAUAACUGGGUUUCUCCUGGUCAUCGGGCUCAUGCUGGUCGCCUACGCCACUGCUUGUAAUUCCCUGUACGGCUGGAAGAUGGCGUCCUACAAAACAUUCCCUGACUCUCUGCUCACGCUCAUCAAACUGCAGCUCGGGAUCUUCAACUACGACGAGGUGAUGGACUACAGUCCGGUUCUUGGAGCUGUCUUGGUUGGUUCCUGUAUCAUCUUCAUGGGGUUUGUGGCCAUCAACCUCCUGAUCUCUGUGAUCCUGGUGGCCUUCCAACAGGAGCAGGUCCAGCACAAGCCGUCGGAGGAUGAGGAGGUGGUGCAGAUCAUGUUGAAUAAAGUCUUUGGUCUGUUUGGCAUCAGAUACACACUGCCCCCCUCAGACCAGGAUGAGAAGUGCGCCCACACCGAGGAUUCUGGGUAAAUGCCGAGGCAGUUGCGACCAUGGCGACCAAAGCCUAAAGCUGCACUGUGGAACUUUACAGUGGAAGUG